CAGGCAUCGGGGCUCAUUCCAUUAGCUCAGAGCUAUUUCGUUCUCACGCGAAAUCUUAUAUCGUUACUCUAUUGUAUACACUCCCUGAUAUCAGUGCUACCGCGCCCUUGAGUCCUUGCCGUGAAUAGGAACUGCUGCAGGCAGCCUGUCCGUCACCAUGGCUCCAAGGGACACCUUCUUCCGCUCGUCGGAUAUGAGCUUGACCCAGCUCUAUAUCGCCAACGAGAUCGGUAGAGAGGUUGUCAGUGCUCUUGGUGAACUCGGUCAAGUUGAAUUCAGAGAUCUCAACCCCGACACCAAUGCUUUCCAGCGUACCUUUACCAAGGAGAUCCGCCGAUUGGACAAUGUGGAGAGACAGCUGCGUUACUUCCACGGUCAGAUGGAUAAGGCGAGCAUCCCCAUGCGAUCCUCAUCUGAGUUCUCGGACACACUGGCAGCACCCCUGGCCUCGGAGAUCGACGAAUUGGCGGAACGGAGCGAAAGUCUCGAACAGCGGAUUGCCUCUCUAAAUGAUAGCUACGAAACGUUGAAGAAGCGUGAGGUGGAAUUGACGGAGUGGCGUUGGGUUCUCAGGGAGGCUGGCGGUUUCUUCGAUCGCGCCCACAGCCACACCGAGGAAAUCCGCCAGUCCUUCGACAAUGACGAGGCUCCGCUUCUCCGUGAUGUUGAACACCAAGGUACCAACGAUGAUGCGCAGGGUCAGCAGUCUUUCCUGGAGAUGAACAUCGGCUUCGUGGCAGGUGUGAUUCCCCGGGAUCGGAUCGGGGCCUUUGAGCGGAUUCUGUGGCGUACGCUGCGUGGUAACCUUUACAUGAAUCAGUCUGAGAUCCCCGAGGCUAUCAUCGACCCUUCGACCAACGAGGAGACUCACAAGAACGUGUUCGUCAUCUUUGCUCACGGAAAGAGUAUUAUUGCCAAGAUCAGGAAGAUCUCCGAGUCCCUCGGUGCCUCGUUGUACAACGUCGAUGAGAACAGUGAGCUGAGACGCGAUCAAAUCCACGAGGUCAACACCCGUCUGGGCGAUGUUGGGAAUGUUCUCCGUAACACCAAGAACACACUUGACGCAGAGCUUACACAGAUUGCUCGCUCGCUCGCGGCUUGGAUGAUCAUCGUCAAGAAGGAGAAGGCUGUUUAUGAUACUCUCAAUAAGUUUUCUUACGAUCAGGCUCGGAAGACGCUCAUUGCUGAGGCGUGGUGUCCGACCAACUCGCUGGCUCUGAUCAAGUCGACCUUGCAGGAUGUCAACGACCGUGCUGGAUUGAGCGUGCCUACUAUUGUCAACCAAAUCCGAACCAACAAGACUCCUCCCACCUAUGUGCGCACCAACAAGUUCACGGAGGCCUUCCAGACUAUCGUCAAUGCCUACGGUAUUCCCAAGUACUCCGAAGCCAACCCCGGUCUGUACACCGUCGUCACGUUUCCCUUCCUGUUCGCUGUCAUGUUCGGUGACUUCGGUCAUGGUACUUUGAUGUUUGUGGCGGCCUCGGCUAUGAUCUUCUGGGAACGCAAGUUGCAGAAGACAAAGUUGGAUGAACUGACGUACAUGGCAUUCUAUGGUCGUUACAUUAUGUUGAUGAUGGGUAUCUUCUCGAUGUACACGGGUCUGAUCUACAAUGAUAUCUUCUCCAAGUCGUUCACGAUCUUUUCCAGUGCUUGGAAGUGGCCUGAGGACAUCCAACAAGGGCAGACUGUGAACGCAGCGUUGAAGGGCAGCUACCGCUAUCCAUUUGGACUCGACUGGAACUGGCACGGAGCCGAGAACUCUCUGCUGUUCACCAACAGUUUGAAGAUGAAGAUGAGUAUUGUUCUUGGUUGGUCGCAUAUGACUUACGCUCUGUGCCUGCAAUACGUCAAUGCCCGUCAUUUCAAGUCCAAGGUCGAUAUCAUCGGUAACUUCAUUCCGGGAAUGAUCUUCUUCCAGUCUAUCUUCGGUUAUCUCGUCCUUACCAUUCUCUACAAGUGGUCUGUGGACUGGAACGCUCGCGGACAGUCUCCUCCGGGUCUUCUGAAUAUGCUUAUCUUCAUGUUCCUCAGCCCCGGAACCGUCGACGAGCAGCUGUACCCUGGUCAGUCCGGUGUUCAGAUCGUUCUUUUGCUUCUCGCGGUGGUCCAGGUGCCGAUCAUGCUCUUCUUCAAGCCCUUCUACCUCCGAUGGGAGCACAACCGCGCUCGCGCUCUCGGGUACCGGGGUCUUGGCGAACAGUCCCGCGUCAGCGCGCUGGAAGAUGAUGGUGAUCUGGACGGCCGGGCCUCCGGCGGCCGCGACAGCAUGGCCAGCGACGGGGAGGGCGUGGCGAUGAUCGCCCAAGACCUCGGCGAGGAGGAGCAUGAGGAGUUCGAUUUCGGAGAGAUCAUGAUCCACCAGGUCAUCCACACGAUCGAGUUCUGCCUGAACUGCAUCUCGCACACUGCCUCGUACCUGCGUCUGUGGGCGCUCUCCCUGGCCCACCAGCAGCUGUCCAUCGUCCUGUGGGACAUGACCAUCGGCGGCGCCUUCAAGCAGGAGUCUUCCACCAUGCGCGUCCUCAUGAUCGUCGUCACCUUCUACCUGUGGUUCACCCUGACCAUCGCCAUUCUCUGCGUCAUGGAGGGCACCAGCGCCAUGCUUCACUCCCUCCGUCUGCACUGGGUCGAAGCCAUGAGCAAGCACUUCAUGGGUGAGGGUUUGCCCUUCAUGCCUUUCAGCUUCAAGACCCUCCUCGAGGAGGAUCCGGUGGAUUAGUUGUUUUGUUUGCACCCAGAUUGUACUGUACAUUCCUUUUUUCGUGUGUUGUGAUCGUUCCUCGUUUUUCUUCUAGCUAGCUAGCAUCUUGGAUUAGACCGUUCUAGUUCGAUUCCGUACUAGAGCUUAUUCCCUGCAAUUGAGAUCGUAGG